GGGCUUUGUUGACACUUGCGGGCCAGUACUUUCCUGCAAUCAUCCAUUUCCAUCUUGUGUGUUUUUGUUGGGGUUUUCAGCUGAAUACACACUCUUGUUUGAGAUUUGUCCCACCUGCCACAUCACACACACACACGCCAACACUCCGAUUGGAUCCCAGACUCGAGAUACCCAUUUAUUAAAAACGAAAAACACAAUCAAUAAUGGGUCUCUCCAUCUCAAAACUAUUCCAAGGGCUUUGGGGCCACAAGGAAAUGCGUAUUCUGAUGGUUGGUUUGGAUGCUGCGGGAAAGACGACCAUCUUGUAUAAACUCAAGUUGGGGGAGAUUGUUACGACGAUUCCUACUAUUGGUUUCAACGUGGAGACAGUAGAAUACAAAAACAUUAGUUUCACUGUAUGGGAUGUCGGAGGUCAAGACAAGAUUCGUCCCUUGUGGAGGCACUACUUUCAAAACACCCAGGGCAUCAUCUUUGUCGUCGACUCAAACGACCGGGACCGUGUCGGUGAAGCCCGUGACGAACUCCAACGCAUGUUGAACGAAGACGAACUCCGGGAUGCUGUUUUACUUGUUUUCGCCAACAAGCAGGAUCUCCCCAACGCCAUGAGUGCACCGGAAAUCACAGACAAGCUUGGUUUGCAUUCCCUUCGUCAGCGUCACUGGUUCAUUCAGGCUGCGUGUGCCACGUCGGGUGAUGGAUUGUAUGAGGGGUUGGAAUGGCUUAGCUCAAGCUUGAAGCGUAAGCAGUAAACGAGAGGUGUGCGUGUGCGUGUGGAGGAGGAGUAUUACCGGUUUUUUUUCUUGAUUGUUUAAUAUAGUGGGACAAGAGAUGAAUGAGUGUUGAUGGCUUUUUUUUGGGAAAAAGAGAUGAAAUCCCUUGUCGCUCUCGCUCUCUAUAGUGUGUGUGCUUUUUUUUAUUUUUUUUUAAAAAAAAUACAAAUAUCUGGUGUGUGUGGGUUGAGACGGA